AUGGUUCUUUUCAUUGAGUCGACUAUGAAUUUCCUUCACUUCUUACGUCGGUCACUGAUUCUUUCUUGUUUCUCUAAACAGUGCGACGAAGAGAAGCCCAAGUGCUCAAAAUGUGUCUCACGUGGGAUUGACAAAUGCAUCUACCAAACUCCACAACCGGUAAAACUGAAAUGGAUAGACGAAAAGUCCCAAUCUGUACCGCAACCAACAUCGUCGCGAGGGUCCAGCGCUCUUCCACCUGCGUAUACACCGAGAUCCCAAGAUCAGGAGCGGGAAGUGUCGACCCUCGAUCUUGAAAGUGCGAACUUGGUUAUCCACUGGAUUAGGAACACUGUUUACACUGUCAAUGCAGCAUCCAACACGGCGGCCUUGCAAACUUGCCAAACAGUGAUCCUUGAUCUAGCGAUCCAACAUCCAUUCCUCCUUCAUGGACUUCUCGCCCUCUCUGCACUACAUCGUGCAGACACUGACGCCGAACCCGAGAAGGACAUCAAACUCGCCACCGCACACCACACCCGCGGACUUGCUAUCUUCCAUAGUGUCCUGAGCGACAUUACCGUUGAUAACUACCCACCCAGCAUAGCCUUUUCUAGUUUGACCGUUAUGUUUGCGCUUGGAAUCUCCAAGCCCAAAGACCCUGCCCACGCCGAGCCGCAGCUAUUGGAUGAUCUGAUUCAAGCUUUUCGACUGAUGAGUGGAGGUCGUAAUGUGGUAGAGGUGGCUGGCGAACUUCGAGGCAGCUCAAUUUGGAAAGAAGACCUACGAGAGAAUAUCAAUAUUCUCCAACCAGACGUUGCAGAGGCGCUCAAUGUGUUACAUUCUGUAAAUACCGGAACAAACAUCGAUAUCUAUAAGAAUGCCAUAUCCUGUUUACGGAGGAUGUUUGAAAAGCUUGAGGGAAGUGAAGUGGAUAAUUCGGCGGUAUGUAUGGGAUGGGGAAAUGAGAUGUCGGAGGAGUUUUUACAACUGGCGAAGGAGCGAGAGAACAUGGCUCUUCUAAUAAUUUCAUAUUAUUGUGUUGUCCUGCACCGAGUACCGCAAAUAUGGUGGUUAGCGGGUUGGGGUAGGGGUCUUUUCGGCGUCGUUUCAAGAGAAAUCGAUCCUGCUUUCCAGUAUGCGCUGGUGUGGCCGAGAUCUGUUAUUGAGGGUGGAGUUUAG